AUGUCAGGGUUCAGGCUGGGUGACCACGUGUGGCUGGAGCCUCCCUCCACCCACAAGACUGGCGUGGCCAUUGGAGGCAUCAUCAAAGAGACCAAGCCAGGCAAGGUCUUGAUUGAAGAUGACGAGGGCAAGGAACACUGGAUCCGAGCAGAGGACUUUGGUGUCCUCAGCCCCAUGCACCCCAAUUCAGUCCAGGGCGUGGACGACAUGAUCCGCUUGGGGGACCUGAACGAGGCGGCCAUGGUGCACAACCUCCUGAUCCGCUACCAGCAGCACAAGAUCUACACGUACACAGGUUCCAUCCUGGUGGCCGUGAACCCGUUCCAGGUGCUGCCGCUCUACACCCUGGAGCAGGUACAGCUCUACUACAGCCGCCACAUGGGGGAGCUGCCCCCGCAUGUCUUUGCCGUCGCCAACAACUGCUACUUCAACAUGAAGAGGAACAAGAGGGACCAGUGCUGCAUCAUCAGUGGCGAGUCUGGGGCUGGCAAGACGGAGACCACCAAGCUCAUCCUGCAGUUCAUGGCCACCGUCAGUGGCCAGCAUUCGUGGAUUGAGCAGCAGGUCCUGGAAGCCAAUCCUAUCCUGGAGGCCUUUGGAAACGCCAAGACAAUCCGCAAUGACAACUCAAGCCGCUUUGGGAAGUACAUUGACAUCUAUUUUAACCCCAGCGGGGUGAUCGAGGGCGCACGCAUCGAGCAGUUUCUCCUGGAGAAGUCCCGGGUCUGCCGGCAGGCCCCUGAGGAGCGAAACUACCAUAUCUUCUACUGCAUGCUCAUGGGGAUGAGUGUUGAAGACAAGCAGCUGCUGAGCCUGGGCACGCCCUCCGAGUACCACUACCUGACCAUGGGGAACUGCACUUCCUGUGAGAGGCUCAACGACGCCAAGGACUAUGCCCACAUCCGCUCGGCCAUGAAGAUCCUCCAUUUCUCCGACUCCGAGAGCUGGGACCUCAGCAAGCUGCUGGCUGCCAUUCUCCACCUGGGGAACGUGGGGUUCAUGGCUUCGGUCUUCGAGAACCUGGAUGCCUCAGAGGUGAUGGAGACGCCUGCCUUUCCCACUGUGAUGAAGUUACUGGAGGUGCAGCACCAGGAGCUCCGGGACUGUCUGACCAAGCACACCAUCCUCAUCCGAGGGGAGUUCGUCACCAGGCCCCUGAACAUCGUCCAGGCUGCUGACCGGAGGGACGCCUUUGUCAAGGGCAUCUAUAGGCACCUCUUCCUGUGGAUUGUCAAGAAGAUCAAUGCCGCCAUCUUCACACCACCAGCUCAGGACCCCAAAAAUGUGCGGAGGGCCAUCGGCCUCCUGGACAUAUUUGGCUUUGAAAAUUUCCAGAACAAUAGCUUCGAGCAACUCUGCAUCAACUUCGCCAACGAGCACCUGCAGCAGUUCUUUGUGCAGCACGUGUUCACCAUGGAGCAGGAGGAGUACCGCUCGGAGAACAUCUCCUGGGAUUAUAUCCACUACACCGACAAUCGGCCCACCCUGGACCUGCUGGCCCUCAAGCCCAUGAGCAUCAUCUCCCUCCUGGACGAAGAGAGCCGCUUCCCACAGGGGACAGAUCUCACCAUGCUGCAAAAACUGAACAGUGUCCACGCCAACAACCAGGCCUUCCUACAGCCCAAGAACAUGUACGAUGCAAGAUUUGGCAUUGCCCAUUUUGCCGGCGAGGUGUACUACCAAGUAGAAGGCUUCCUGGAGAAAAACCGAGAUGUGCUGAGCACAGAUAUCCUCACCGUGGUUUACUCCUCCAAAAACAAGUUUCUGAGGGAGAUAUUCAACCUGGAGUCAGCAGAGACCAGGCUGGGCCGUGGGACCAUCCGCCAGGCAAAGGCAGGAAACCAUCUCUUCAAGUCUGCAGACUCAAAUAAACGGCCCUCCACCUUAGCAGGCCAGUUCAAACAGUCUCUGGACCAGCUGAUGAAAAUUCUGACCAACUGCCAGCCUUACUUCAUCCGCUGCAUCAAACCUAAUGAAUAUAAGAAGCCGCUGCUGUUCGACCGGGAGCUGGGUCUGCGGCAGCUGCGGUACUCGGGCAUGAUGGAGACCGUGCACAUCCGCAAGUCCGGCUUCCCCAUCCGCUACGCGUUCGAGGAGUUCUCGCAGAGGUUCGGCGUGCUGCUGCCCAGUGCCGUGCGGAUGCAGCUGCGAGGCAAGUUCUGCCAGAUGACCCUGGGCAUCGCUGACAUGUGGCUGCGGACAGACAAAGACUGGAAAGUGGGGAAGACCAAAAUUUUCCUGAAGGAUCAUCAGGACACUCUGCUGGAGGUACAGAGAAGCCAGGUGCUGGACAGAGCGGCGCUCAGCAUCCAGAGAGUCCUGCGGGGCUACAGAUACAGGAAGGAGUUCCUGAGGCAGAGGCGGGCAGCUGUGACCCUGCAGGCCUGGUGGAGAGGCUACUGCAACAGGAGGAAUUUCAAGCUGAUCCUUGUGGGCUUUGAGCGCCUGCAGGCUAUUGCCCGGAGCCAGCAGCUGGUGAGGCAGUACCAGGCCAUGCGGCAGAGGACGGUCCAGCUGCAGGCCCUGUGCAGGGGAUACCUGGUGCGCCAGCAAGUCCAGGCCAAGAGGAGGGCAGUGGUGGUCAUUCAGGCCCAUGCCAGGGGCAUGGCUGCCAGGCGCAACUUCCAGCAAAGGAAGGCCAAUGCGCCGCUGGUCAUCCCGGCCGAGGGGCAGAAGAGCCAAGGCGCUCUCCCUGCCAAGAAGCGCAAAUCCAUCUACGACACCGUCACUGACACGGAGAUGGUGGAGAAGGUGUUCGGCUUCCUCCCUGCCAUGAUUGGGGGCCAGGAGGGCCAGGCCCCACCGUGCUUUGAGGAUCUGGAAUCAAAGACCCAGAAGCUGCCUGAGGUUGACCUGGACACAGUCCCCAUGGUGGAGGAGCCUGAGGAGGAUGUGGAUGGCCUGGCUGAGUACACCUUCCCCAAGUUCGCUGUGACUUACUUCCAGAAAUCAGCCAGCCACACGCACAUCCAGCGGCCCCUCCGAUACCCGCUGCUUUACCACGAAGAUGACGCUGACUGCUUGGCCGCCCUGACUGUGUGGAAUGUCAUCCUGAGGUUCAUGGGCGACCUCCCAGAGCCAGUGCUGUAUGCCAGGAGCAGCCAGCAGGGCAGCUCCAUGAUGCGGCAGAUCCAUGACACGCUGAGCAGGGGGCACGGUGCCCAGGCUCCACAGCACAGUAGAUUUGCACAGGUGGCCAGCCAGCUGAACAUUGGAGGGGAGGCAUUGGAGCCCGAUGGCCUUGGUGCAGACCGGCCCAUGUCCAACCUGGAGAAGGUGCACUUCAUUGUGGGCUACGCCAUCCUGCGGCCCAGCCUCAGGGAUGAGAUUUACUGCCAAAUCUGCAAGCAGCUCUCGGAGAACUUCAAAACAAGCAGCCUGGUCCGGGGCUGGAUCCUGCUCAGCCUCUGCCUCGGCUGCUUCCCCCCCUCAGAGAGGUUCAUGAAGUAUCUACUGAACUUCAUUGGCCAAGGGCCGGCGACCUAUGGCCCCUUCUGUGCCGAGCGCCUGAGACGCACCUAUGCCAAUGGGGUGCGUGCAGAGCCCCCCACCUGGCUGGAACUGCAGGCUGUCAAGUCCAAGAAGCACAUCCCCCUCCAAGUCAUCCUGGCCACUGGAGAGAGCCUGACCGUCUCUGUGGACUCAGCCUCCACAUCUCAGGAAAUGUGCGUGCACAUCGCUCACAAGCAGGGCCUCAGCGACCACCUGGGCUUCUCCCUCCAGGUCGCCGUGUACGACAAGUUCUGGUCCCUGGGCAGCGGGCGUGACCACGUAAUGGAUGCCAUCGCCCAGUGUGAGCAGCUGGCCCAGGAGAGGGGUGAGAGCCAGCGCCAGUCACCCUGGCGCAUCUACUUCCGGAAGGAAUUCUUCACCCCCUGGCACGACUCCCGGGAGGACCCCGUUAGCACUGAGCUCAUUUACCGCCAAGUCCUGCACGGAGUCUGGUCUGGCGAAUACAGCUUCGAGAAGGAGGAAGAGCUGGUGGAGCUGCUGGCCCGGCACUGCUACGUGCAGCUCGGCGCCUCAGCGGAGAGCCAGGCUGUCCAGGAGCUGCUGCCCAGCUGCAUCCCCCACAGGCUGUACAGGACCAAGCCCCCAGACAGGUGGGCGAGCCUCGUCACUGCCGCCUGCGCCAAGGCCCCAUACACUCAGAGGCAAGCCACACCGCUGGCCGUGCAAGAGCAGGUGGUGGACGCUGCCCGCCUGCAGUGGCCGCUGCUCUUCUCCCGGCUCUUUGAAGUCAUCACACUCUCAGGCCCCCGCCUGCCCAAGACGCAGCUGAUCUUGGCUGUUAACUGGAAGGGGCUUUGCUUCCUGGACCAGCGGGAGAAGACACUGCUGGAGCUCUCUUUCCCAGAGGUCAUGGGUCUGGUUGCCAAGAGGGAGGCCCAGGGCAGGCAGAGGCUGCUGCUCUCCACCAUGCAUGAGGAAUACGAGUUUGCGUCGCCCAGCAGUGUGGCCGUCGCUGAGCUGGUGGCCCUGUUCCUGGAGGGCCUGAAGGAGAGGUCCGUGUUCGCCAUGGCCCUGCAGGACAGGAAGGCCACAGAUGAUGCCACCCUCCUGGCCUUCAAGAAGGGGGACCUGUUGGUCCUGACAAAGAAGCAGGGGCUGCUGGCCUCUGAGAACUGGACCCUCAGCCAGAACGACAGGACAGGCAAGACGGGGCUGGUGCCCAUGGCCUGCCUCUACACCAUCCCCACGGUCACUAAGCCCUCGGCACAGCUGCUGAGCCUGCUCGCCAUGUCACCAGAGAAGAGGAAGCUGGCGGCUCAGGAGGGGCAGCUCGCAGAGCCACGUCCCGAGGAGCCACCCAAGGAAAAGCCGCACACCCUGGAGGAGUUCUCCUUCGAGUUCUUCAGGGCUCCAGAGAAGGAUACAGUGAGCAUGGCCGUGCUGCCCCUGGCCCGUGCCCGCGGCCACCUGUGGGCCUAUUCCUCUGAGCCGCUGCGACAGCCGCUGCUCAAGCGAGUCCACGCCAACAUUGACCUCUGGGACAUCGCCUGCCAGAUCUUUGUCGCCAUCCUCCGGUACAUGGGUGACUACCCCUCUCGGCAGGCCUGGCCCAGCCUGGAGCUCACUGACCAGAUCUUCAUGCUGGCCCUGCAGCACCCGGCCCUGCAGGACGAGGUCUACUGCCAGAUCCUGAAGCAGCUGACGCACAACUCCAACAGGCACAGCGAGGAGCGGGGCUGGCAGCUGCUGUGGCUCUGCACUGGCCUCUUCCCGCCCAGCAAGGGGCUGCUGCCCCAUGCCCAAAAGUUCAUAGACACCCGGAGGGGGAAGCUGCUGGCCCCCGACUGCAGCCGCCGCAUCCAGAGGGUCCUCAGGACAGGGCCCCGGAAGCAGCCCCCGCACCAGGUGGAGGUGGAGGCCGCGGAGCAGAACAUCUCCCGCAUCUGCCACAAGGUCUACUUCCCCAAUGACACCAGCGAGAUGCUGGAGGUGGUUGCCAACACACGGGUGCGGGAUGUGUGUGACAGCAUUGCCACCAGGCUGCAGCUGGCCUCCUGGGAGGGCUGCAGUCUCUUCAUCAAGAUUGCAGACAAGGUCAUCAGCCAGAAGGAGGGAGACUUCUUCUUUGAUUCCCUGAGGCAGGUGUCUGACUGGGUGAAGAAGAACAAGCCCCAGAAAGAAGGGGCCCCCGUGACACUCUCCUACCAGGUGUACUUCAUGCGGAAAUUGUGGCUCAACAUAACUCCGGGGAAGGAUGUGAAUGCGGACACCAUACUCCAUUACCACCAGGAGCUGCCCAAGUACCUGCGCGGGUUCCACAAGUGUUCGCGGGAGGACGCCAUCCACCUGGCGGGCCUCAUCUACAAGGCCCAGUUCAACAACGACCGGUCCCAGCUGGCUAGUGUCCCCAAGAUCCUGAGGGAACUGGUGCCCAAGGACCUCACACGCCUGAUGUCCUCGGAGGAGUGGAAAAAGAGCAUCCUUCUGGCCUAUGACAAGCACAAGGACAAGACAGUGGAGGAGGCCAAGGUGGCCUUCCUGAAGUGGAUCUGCCGCUGGCCCACCUUCGGGUCUGCCUUCUUCGAGGUGAAGCAAACCUCAGAGCCCUCCUACCCGGACAUCAUCCUCAUCGCCAUCAACCGACAUGGGGUUCUGCUCAUCCACCCCAAGACCAAGGACCUGCUCACCACCUAUCCCUUCACCAAGAUUUCCAGCUGGAGCAGCGGCAGCACCUACUUCCACAUGGUGCUGGGGAGCCUGGGCCGUGGCAGCCGCCUGCUGUGCGAGACCUCCCUGGGCUACAAGAUGGACGACCUACUGACCUCAUAUGUGCAGCAGCUCCUGAGUGCCAUGAACAAGCAGUGGGGCUCCAAGGCCCCAGCCCUGGCCAGUACCUAGCAGCGGAUGCUGGCGUGUCUGCUCAGGCACCUUCCCAGGCCCUCUCAGCCCAGGGCCUGUCCUCGGCAGGCAGCCUUCCAUGCCGCCCCCCAUACAAGCCCACUCAGCCCUACAGGUGGCCCCCCUCUGUCCUGGGCGCUGCAUAUGGAGGUGAAAAGACCCAGAGUGGGUCAGGAGUCUUGGCCCCUCAGGCUGUUGGUGGAUGGCUGAGAGGACCCCCCCCCCCCCCCCAGCAACCCCACCCCACCAGAAUGUCCAGUAAAAAUCCCUGGAGCAGGAGAAGCGAGUGUGUCUGAGGGAGCAGGGUGUGGCACAAGGUGGACAUGGGGCCUGGGAGGCUCUGGCCCGCAGAGAGCCGCAGAAAAAGCAAAAUGCCUGCGACUUUCCCAGGGAACUGGGAGGGCAGCUGCAUUCUCCAGGAAUGACUUCAUCCCUCCCUCUGCUUCCUUCCUCCCCCUCCCUUCCUUCCUGUUUCUCAGACUCGGGAGGGACACUCAUGGGAGAGUCCUCCUCCCAGGCCCCUCCUCACACCUUCUGUCGUCCCCGCCCGCCGCCCGGGGCACCCAGGAGGCCUGGGUGGAGGUGCGGCUCUCUGGCUGCUGGCUUCGUGCUAAGGCCAGCUUGUGCCCAGUGGCCAGAGCUGGAUAUAGCACCUUGGAGGCCUGGAUUCCCCCACCUCCCUGGCAUGUCCUGUCCCUUCCCACCCCCUACUCUGCC